ACAAAAAAAAUCACUCAGCCUUUUAGCCAUUGUCUCCGCGCUCGCUCGUCUACCUCUCCGUCGUUCUCCUUUCUUCUCUUUCUCGCGCUCCUCUUCGGACCGCGUCACGAAGAUUUUGGAGGAAAUUUUUGUCUCCGGAUCGGUGAUCUCUCUUCGUUUCUCGUUCGAAUUCGCGGGAUUCUAUCGUUUUCUUUGAUCGCAAGAACCGAUCUUCCCCUUCAGGUCCCACCAUCAUUCUUGAGGUGGCGUCGAUCUUUUCUUCAAGAACUAGAGUUUGAGUUUGGAUCUCUCGGAUUGGCGGAGUUCUGAGGGUUUGGAUCCAGCUCUGGAUUCGCUUCUAGGGUUUGAUCGGAUUUGGACGGAGGGCUUUUGUUUCAGUACGGCGGUAGCUGGGAUUUGUUGUUAGGGUUCGCUGUCUUUGGGAGGAGUGUGAUUUCUUCGUUCUUUUCGAGACGGGAGGUUGAGCGCUAGGAUUUUGGUGGUGGAUGUUGGAAUUCUUUGAGCUGGGAAGGGUCCUGAUCGUAAUCCCCCGGGUGAGUUGAUUGUAGUGGAAUCGAGGUAUAAGGCUUAGAUUUCUUGUAAUGUAGGUUGGUGGGAUCGGGAAUAGUUGAGCAUAGAAGUUCGUAGAGUUCCUUUUAGGGUUUUAUUUGGGGUGAAUUUGGAUUUCUCCAGAUUGGGAGAUCGGUUCAUCUUGUUUUGGUGCUGGGAUCAGCGGUAGCAAUCUAAGGUUUCAUCGAGAGGGUGAUCUGUUGGCAGUUGAUUUUUUGGGGGAUUUCUUGACGGAUCUUUACUCAUGGAGCAUGUCAUUGGAGGAAAGUUCAAGCUCGGGAGGAAGAUCGGCAGUGGAUCUUUUGGCGAGCUCUAUCUUGGUGUUAACAUACAGAGUGGAGAAGAAGUGGCCAUAAAACUCGAAUCCGUGAAGACCAAGCAUCCUCAACUUCAUUAUGAGUCAAAGUUGUAUAUGCUUCUCCAGGGAGGAACUGGGAUCCCGCACUUGAAGUGGUUUGGCGUGGAGGGAGAGUACAAUAUCAUGGUUAUUGAUCUUCUAGGGCCUAGCUUGGAAGACUUAUUUAACUACUGCAAUCGGAAAUUCUCGUUGAAAACAGUUCUCAUGCUUGCUGAUCAGUUAAUUAACCGAGUUGAAUACAUGCAUUCAAGGGGCUUUCUCCACCGUGAUAUAAAACCAGAUAACUUUCUUAUGGGCCUAGGUCGUAAAGCAAAUCAGGUUUAUAUCAUUGAUUAUGGCUUGGCAAAGAAAUAUAGAGACCUCCAAACUCAUAAGCACAUACCUUACAGGGAGAAUAAAAACCUGACAGGAACAGCACGGUAUGCAAGUGUUAACACUCAUCUAGGAGUCGAGCAAAGUCGGAGGGAUGAUUUAGAAUCUCUUGGUUAUGUGCUUAUGUAUUUUUUAAGAGGAAGCCUUCCUUGGCAGGGACUGAAAGCUGGCACUAAAAAGCAGAAAUAUGACAAAAUUAGUGAGAAGAAAAUGCUUACCCCGGUAGAGGUGCUGUGCAAGUCACACCCAUCAGAAUUUAUAUCUUACUUCCACUAUUGUCGAUCCUUGCGAUUUGAUGACAAGCCAGAUUACUCAUAUCUGAAGAGGCUUUUUCGAGACCUCUUUAUUAGAGAAGGCUAUCAAUUUGAUUAUGUUUUUGACUGGACCAUAUUGAAAUAUCCUCAGAUUGCUUCCAAUUCUCGAGUGCGGCAACCCAGUGGAAGAACAAGUGGAGCUGUUGGGCCUUCUCUGGAUAGGGCAGAAAGAACCUCAGGUGCAGUUGAAGCAUUCACAAGAAGAAAUGCUUCGAGUUCUGGCCAUCAUGGAGACCGCUCCAAGUAUACAACGGCAGAUGAUACACCUAUGUCAUCCAAGGAGACUCUUCACGAAACAGAAAAAAGUCGCCCAUCUUCACGCAAUGGCAGCACAUCAAAGAGGGCAGUUUUUUCAAGCAGCCGGGCAAGUUCUUCCCUCGAGCCUAGCGAGCAGCACCACAGCAGAACAAGCCGGCUGUUUUCAAGUAGCAGUAGCCGCCCAUCUAGUACACAAAGAGUUUUUCAGCCUGGGGUUGAAUCAAGGUCAUCGUUAAUUUCUCAAACUGCAGCUGUGAGAGGUUCUCGUGAUGAACCUCCAAUCCGUGGCUUUGAACUCCUAUCCAUUGGUGGGGAAAAGAGGAAGUAGGAGGACAAGCUGGUGGGUAAGAUGCUUCUUCCCCUAGGAGGGACUAGUAAUUCUUUGCCAUUUAUGAGUUUUCUUGAGCAUAGCCGAAGUUGGUUAUGUUCUGUUCAUAUUUUUUAGUUUUUGCUUGAUUGUGAUAAGAUGUACUUAUAAAGCAAAACAUCCCAGCCAUGACAUUUAUUCACAGUUUCGUGUGAUUCCUGCUAGCCAGUAAUCCACCAGAGCCUUCAUGUGAGCCGCUGAACACCUUUUUGAUUUCAUGUUGAGUCGAUGCUGCUGUUGUUCAGGGGUAAUACACCUGAAGUCUUCCAUGGACAAUUGUUUAUAUGAGACUUUCACCUUUUCAAUAAAGGAAAAAAAGGAAAGAAAAAAAAUUCUAAUCCAU